CGUUGACUUAUUAGUUUCUACUUCACUUUCAUAAGCCGCAGUUCCCUCUCCGUCUCCGAUCAUCUCUCCGCCUCUGCAAUGUCGACUAGAUCACCGAGCACUUCCUCUCGGAACAGUCUUCUUCUUCCUUCAUUUCUGGUCAUCGUUGUUGGAGUAAUCGCUGCGUUGACUUAUCAGUCGAUACUAAAACCUCCUCCGCCGAAGCUACCUGGCUCCCCCGGAGGUCCACCGAUCACAGCACCACGGAUUAAGCUCCGAGACGGGAGGUACUUAGCGUACAAAGAGCAUGGAGUUCCAAGAGAGAAAGCUCGCCGCAAAGUCAUCUUCAUCCACGGAUCCGAUUCUUGUCGACACGACGCCGUUUACGCCACUCGCCUCUCGCCGGGUUUAAUUGAGGAGCUUGGCAUGUAUCUGGUUUCGUUUGACCGACCCGGUUACGGAGAGAGCGACCCGGAUCCGAACCGUACUCCAAAGAGCUUGGCUUUAGACGUUGAAGAGCUUGCUGAUCAGUUGCAUCUUGGAGAGAAGUUCUACCUGAUCGGUUACUCCAUGGGAGGACAAGCUACAUGGGGAUGUCUCAAGUACAUCCCUCACCGGCUAGCCGGAGUGACGCUAGUUGCUCCGGUGGUUAACUACUGGUGGAAGAACUUGCCUUUGAAUGUUUCCACUCAAGGUUACACCUUGCAACCAAAGAGAGAUCAGUGGGCGGUUCGUGUUGCUCACUACGCUCCUUGGCUUAUCUACUGGUGGAACACGCAGAAGUGGUUCCCUGGUUCGAGCGUCGCGAACCGAGAUGGUAGUAGCUUCUCGCAUCCGGAUAAAGAUAUCGUUUUGAAGCUUGGUUCUUCGAGGAAACCGCAUUUGGCGGAAGUGAGGCCGCAAGGGUUGCAUGAAACUAUUAACCGUGACAUGGUUGUUGGGUUUGGGAGUUGGGAGUUUGAUCCUAUUGAACUCGAGGACCCGUUUUUGAAGAGCCGUCAAGGCUCUGUUCAUCUGUGGCAAGGAGAUGAUGACAUGUUAGUGCCUGUGGUGCCGCAGCGUUACAUUGCUGAGAAGCUUCCGUGGAUUCACUAUCACGAGGUUCCGGGAAGUGGCCACUUCCUCCACUACAGUGAAGGUAUGGUUGAUGACAUUGUAAAGACGCUCUUCAAAACCGAUACUGAGAACUGAUGAACUACCACAAUGGUCUGAAAAUGAAAUGUUUGUAUUUUGUUGUAUUUGUAAGAUCCAAUAAUAAAGUUAAGUGUUUACAGUUGCA